CAUGGCGCGCGAGGGCGGCGGGCUGUUCGCGGUGUUCCGCGCGCUCGGCCGUUACUCGGGCCCGGUCCCGCACGCGCUGCGCUUCCACGGCCGCCACCGGCAGUUCUACGUGACCGUGGCGGCCGGCCGCAGCGUCCACACCUACAACGUAAAUAAACUUGGUAUUGUUGCAGUGAGUAAUGCAUUGUUACAAGAUAUUACUUGUUUGGCAGCAGACCGGAUGUUGGUAUUUGCUUCUUAUGACAAUGUACUCCAUGCUUUUGCCAGGAACAAAGAGGUAGUUCAUACCUAUGAAGGUCACAAGGGAAAGAUACACCUUCUGCUGCCUUUUGGUGAUCAUGUCAUUUCUGUGGAUACUGCUAAUGUUCUUAUUGUUUGGGAUAUACAGUCAGAAGAGGAAUAUCUUCAAAUGGAUUUUGAUAAGGCCGUUUUUUCAGUUUCUGCAAUUCUGCAUCCAAGCACCUAUUUGAAUAAAAUUCUCCUUGGUAGUGAACAAGGAAGCUUGCAGCUGUGGAAUAUAAGAUCCAAUAAACUCCUAUACUCAUUUGCAGGAUGGGGCUUAGGGGUCACAACUCUUCAACAGGCUCCAGCAGUGGAUAUUGUUGCAGUAGGUCUUGUAUCUGGUCACAUCAUUAUACAUAAUAUUAAGUUUGAUGAAACUCUGAUGAAAUUUCAGCAAGACUGGGGCCCCAUCACAGCAAUAUCGUUUCGGACAGAUGGACACCACGUAAUGGCAGCUGGUAGCCCUAUUGGACACAUUGCACUGUGGGAUCUAGAAGAGAAGAAACUAAUUAGUCAAAUGCGAAAUGCCCAUUCCACAGCAAUAGCUGGUAUGUCGUUUGUCCCUGGAGAGCCACUUCUUAUUACCAAUGGUGCUGAUAAUGCUAUACGGGUUUGGAUUUUUGAUGGACCUGGUGGUACUGGUCGUAUAUUGAGGAGCCGAAUGGGACAUAGCGCACCUCCAACAAAAAUCAGAUACCAUGGGCAAAAUGGAGAGCAAAUUCUUAGUGCAGGUCUGGAUGGAACAUUGCAGUCGUUUUCAACAGUGCAUGAGAGAUUCAAUAAAAGUUUAGGACGUGGUUCAAUUAACAAAAAGAAAUCAAAAAGGAAAGGUCUUCAGCAUGAUACAAUGGCACUUCCACCAAUUACAACCUUUGCUUCAGAAGUAGCUCGUCAGAAUGACUGGGAUGGUAUUGUUGCCUGCCAUCAAGGGUAUAUAACCUGUACAACAUGGAACUAUCAGAAAACUUCUAUGGGAAUUCAUAAACUGAGGCCAGAAGCAUUUAGCAAAAACAAACCCCUUGAUAUAUAUGCAACGGCUGUUGAUAUUACUGCAUGCGGCAACUUUGCUGUAAUUGGGAUGUCAACAGGGCAGGUAGAUGUGUAUAACAUGCAGUCUGGCCUUCACAGAGGAUGUUAUGGCAAAGGAAGAGCACAUGAAGGGGCCAUUAGAGGAGUAGCAGUGGAUGGAUUAAACCAGCUGACAAUCACAGCUGGAAGAGAAGGAUUAAUUAAAUUUUGGAAAUUCAAAACUAAAGACCUAGUUCACUCCACUGAUCUUUCUUCUUCUCCAAGUGGAAUACUACUUCACAGAGAUAGUGGUAUUCUGGGAAUUGCCUUUGAUGACUUCGGUAUUAGUGUUUUGGAUAUAGAAACCAGGAAGAUUGUCAGGAGAUUCUCAGGACACCAGGGACGAAUUAAUGACAUGACUUUUAGUCCUGACGGUCGUUGGCUAAUAACUUCAUCAAUGGACUGUACCAUUAAGACUUGGGACCUCCCUUCUGGAUGCCUCAUAGAUUGUUUUUUGGUGGACUCGGCAGCUGUGAGCAUUACUAUGUCUCCUACAGGAGAUUUUCUAGCUUCAUCACAUGUGGAUGAGCUUGGAAUUUAUUUGUGGUCAAACCGUUCUCUGUAUUCACUCGUCUCUUUACGGCCCCUUCCAGCGGAUUAUGAACCUUCUAUGGUAGCAGUUCCUGGAACCUGCCCUGUGCAAGAUGUGGAUGCAGCAGAAGCUGAAGAAAUGUGUGGUGAAAUGAUAGAAUAUGAUUCACCUGAGCAACUGGGGGAGCAGCUGGUAACCCUGUCCUUAUUACCUGAGUCAAGGUGGAAGAAUCUCCUCAAUCUUGAUAUCAUCAAGAAAAAGAAUAAACCAAGAGAGCCGCCAAAAGUUCCCAAGUCAGCCCCUUUCUUCAUCCCAACAGUUCCUGGUCUUAUACCACGAUACGCUGCUCCAGAACAAGAAAAUGAUACACAGUCAAAGAUAGUAAACCUUGGAGUACUGGCACAGAAAUCUGAUUUCUGCAUUCAUCUUGAAGAAGCCCUGAACACUCAUGAAUAUACAGCUCCACUUAAUUUACUGAAGGAGAUGGGACCAUCCAAUAUUGAGAUAGAAAUAAGGGCUUUGGCCCCUGAAGGUGGCGGCUCUAUGGAGGUGAUGCUAAGCUUUUUGAGAAUGAUUGGGAUGAUGCUGGACAAGAAGCGCAACUUCGAACUUGCUCAAGCAUACCUUGCACUGUUUUUAAAGUUGCAUCUUCAGAUCCUCUCAUCAGAGCCAAGGCUAUUAGAAGAAAUAUCCAGAUUGUCAGCACAGCUCGAGGAAACUUGGAUUCAUUUACGGACUCUUUUCAAUCAGAGUCUGUGUGUGUUAAAAUAUAUGAAAAGUGCAUUGCUGUAAAAUUUGUAAAGGAUUUUUAAGGAUUGGCUGCAUAAAAAGUCCCUUGGAUUAAUAAUACAACUUAUUGCCAAAAAUAGUGGAUUCCAAUAAUUAUACUUGGAGUUCUGAUGUUGUACUUUAUAGUAUCUAGCAAAGUAUUUUAGACAGUGCAUAACUAAAUAUUUUAAUUCAUUUUGGUCUGAGUGAAAGCUAAUAAGUGCAAAUUAAAUGUGCAUGUUGUAUUUAAAAUAGUUUGUUAUUAAUGAGCAAACAGUUAAAAGACCAUAGGUAAUGCAGCUAGCUAUCUUAUGCUUUCAGGAACGAAAAUGUAAAUCAGAAUAAAUUGUGUGUACUUAAUAAAUCAGUGUUGUUGAUUUUAAAAAUAAAAUGCAAAAAGCAACUGAAUUAUUAACAAAUUAUUAAUAUUGGUUUAAAGCAAAGAUUAUAAAAAUUGCAUUCCCUUGACAGAGGGCUUUUCCUAUUAGCUGUUUAUAAAAGUCAGUUUUCUUUCCUCUUUGGCAAACUAGGUUCACUGUUUUGCCUCAGACCCUUAUUUCUAAGAGCAAGGAUUUCUAGCUGCACUACAAAUCAUAGUUUCUUUUGCUUUUUUACAACUGUUUUCUUUACUUUUAGAGACUCUAUGUCCAAGAAAAAUCAGGAUUAUUCUCCUAAGGAGAUAAAAAUUGUAGGAAUAAAAAUUCUGAGUUGUUGGGAAUUCUGUAUCUAAAUUGAAUGUUAUUUUUAUGAAUUGGUAUUUAUAUUUGAAAUAAUAGGACUUGGGAGAGGUAGGGAACUCAUGAAAGGAGUUAUCUUAAAAUUUCAGUUUGUUGGUUAAGAGUACUACCUUAGAGCAGAAAAAUCUGUUGAAUGAGGUGCUUACUGUAUUUCACAUGCUUAGCUGGAGACACUGAUUGACAGAGUAAAUGAUACAAAUGUAUGUAAUUUUGAAUAGAACAUUUGAAAGAUGAGUUUCCAUUUCAUGUAAGACUGAAGCAAUAAUGUGUUGGCUUUGUUACUCUCUCUAUAUAAUUCUUUUAAUGCAAUUGUAUCCUGGAACUCUUUAUAUUGAGUGGUGUAUGCUGGAACAAAUUAUCUGCCUACAUUUAAAUGCAGUGUAGAGUGUUCAACACUGUCUGAAGCAAACUGCAUUUCAGGCUUCCACAUGUAUCAAUAGAUCUCUAUCAUUUGAGUUGCUCAGAUUUGCAAGAAAAGUUAUCAGAGAUAUCAAAGGAGUGCAGAGGUGAUGGGAAAUUGGCUUUUACAGCUUCUCUGUGUUGUUCUAGCUGUUCUUUUGAAUCCUGUUAAAUAUUGAAGAGAAAGGAGAAUGCUGCAGUUUAUACACUGCAUCAUUCUAGCCAGUAAGGAUUGAGAAUACUGAGUCAGUGGGAAUAGUGUACACCUGAGAGUGUUACAUAUAUAUAUAUAUAUAUAUAUAUAUUUAUAUAUAUUUAUAUAUAUAAAAUCUACUAAGCCUUAAGAAAAUCUUUAUUACUGUAGAAUAACUAGCUUCUGUUGAUAUGGUUCUCAGGAGUCAUUAAUCCAAACUUCUUGAACUGAUCUGAAUCAUUUCCAAAUCUCUCAAGAUUUAAUGAAGUAAAUAUAUGAUAAGCCUGUGAGCUUGUAGGUGGUCCUGUAACAAGCUGAUUUAGCAGAUUUUUUCAAGAAUCAUUUUGGGAAGUUACACAUCAAAAUACAUAUGGGCAUGUAAGUCAGAGUGCUAGAGUAGUCACAGAUCUGCCUCAGUGAAGGAAGGGGCAGUGGCAAUUCUAUAGAAAAAGAACUUGCCUCCUGAGUGAGGACAAAGGUCUGUCUGGCCUAUUGUCCCAACUCCUGUUCGAGCAAGGAAUGGAUGCAAAGGGUCCAACAAUCUGGUCAUGUAUCGAGUGAUACUUUCCUGCAUAUCACACCUGCAAGCAGCCAUUUAGAUUCUUCCUGACCCAGCUGUUUUCUAACAAUUGUGUUUAAUAAUCUGCAACAGGCUUGUUCUCUAUGCAUUCAUCUAAUCUCUUUUAGUAACCAUUUAUACUCUACAACAUCCUGUAGUAAUGGAUCCUACAAUUUAAUUAGGUGCUAACAGAGAAAAUUUAUUUCUCUUUGUGUAUACCAGACCUGCUACCUGCUGAUAUUGUAUGCCCCUCCUACUUUUUGAAUGUGAGGAAUAAUUGUUCUCCAACUUCUUCAUGCUUCCCUGCCUCUCUGCAACAAAGCAGUUGUGAAAUGUUUUUCUACUGGUGAAGAAGAUACUUGAUUUUAUUGAGUGUACACAAGUAAUUUCUUUUUCAUUGACUAAUAUUGCAACAAGAUAUUGCCUUGUACAUACAGUUCUAAAUAUCUGGGUUCAAACAUAGUUUCUUGUAUGUUGAAGUUACUGAGUACAGGUGAUAAAACACCAUGCAACUGAAUUGUUAAAAUGUACUUUGCAUUUCCUGUAAGAUACCAUCUUGGCCAUCAAUACUGUAAUGGUAUAUGCUCUCUGAUGUGAGAAGGAAGAUGAUUAGGUGGGUCAAAGGAUGUAGUUGGUGUUAAGCUGAAGUUUUCUUCUAAGCAGCAUGGCUCCUGCUAACUUUGCCUUAGACGAUGCCUAGUGUGUUCUAGGCUAGCUCCGUCAGACAUCUUACUAUUAAGGUUCUCAUUUCUGCUUUGUGUCACAGCACUCCCUCUGGCUUUUUAUUACUCAUCUGUGCCUGCAUCUGUUCCUGCACUCUAUUUCUACCAUAGUUUUCUCUGCUCCUUUGGCUUCUGAGCAUAGCUGUCCCCUUUAGCAACUCUUGCAUGCAGCAGUCUUGUCAAGUAACAUCUCAGUUCUCACUCUACUUUUUUUUGACUCUGGUGGUGUGCUUUCUGAAUUGAGUUGGUACUCAUGGUUGCCUUGACACUAAGCUAGAUGGUUAGACUUUGUCCCCAAAUUUGGUGCUGGAUUCAAACUGUAACAGUGAAGGUUGCUCUGCUCUGAGCCCUGAUACGCGUUCACUGGAAUCCUUACUUUUCCUUUUGAGUAAAAAUAGAGUUGUUAUGAGGAAAAACGUGCAAAUGCAAAGUGAGAAUAACGCAAAUGUUUAUGCGUUUUCCUGCAUCCAGCGUAGAGCACUGAAUUGGAGUACCACGAACCACUUUGUACAUCUCAAGAUUGUUAACUUUAGAUUCUUGAAAAUAAAUGUUAGAGAAGGUCA